CUGUGUGGACGUGGGUGUGCGCGGACGUGCGCGGACGUGCUGUGCGCCUGCGCACGCCCGCGUCGUGCGUGGGACUGCGGUGCGCUGGCCGCCGGAGGCCGGGUGCAGGUACUCAUACCAAGCACCUAAGAAAAACCACCUUGGAUGUUGUUUCUUAGGCCUUUAAGGUAUUUCAGCAACAGUCAAUACCUGCUGGGCGUGUCGUGGUCUGCUGCGGGAACGUCUCUGACCUUCUGAGUCUCAACCAUGCUGUCAAACGGCUUGCAAAGUUUCCUAAAAGUUACAAGCCCUCAUCUGAUACACACAAGGUUGUGCCAGCGAUUGAUAAGAGAAAGGUUUUUCGGAACUGUGCCAACACCCAGAUUGCGUAGGCGGGUUGUCGUUACAGGCAUUGGCUUAGUGACUCCUCUGGGUGUUGGCACUCAGCUGGUGUGGGAUCGUCUUAUCCAGGGAGAGAGUGGAAUCGUUUCACUGGUCGGUGAAGAGUAUAAGAGUGUCCCUUGCAGUGUUGCUGCUUAUGUGCCAAGAGGUUGUGAUGAAGGUCAAUUCAACGCACAAAACUUUGUGCCCAAAUCAGAUAUCAAGUCCAUGUCUUCUCCCACCGUUAUGGCCAUUGGGGCUGCUGAGUUAGCCUUGAAAGAUUCCGGCUGGCAUCCUCAGUCAGAAGCUGACCAAGCGGCUACUGGUGUUGCAAUUGGCAUGGGAAUGGUUCCCCUUGAAGUGAUUUCUGAAACCGCUUUGAUGUUUCAGACGAAAGGUUACAGUAAAGUCAGCCCAUUCUUUGUCCCUAAGAUUCUGGUCAGUAUGGCCGCAGGCCAGGUCAGCAUUCGCUAUAAACUCAAGGGCCCCAAUCAUGCAGUGUCCACAGCCUGUACCACGGGAGCUCAUGCUGUGGGAGACUCUCUGAGGUUCAUAGCCCACGGCGAUGCUGAUGUGAUGGUGACUGGAGGUGCCGACUCCUGCAUCAGCCCUUUGUCGCUUGCUGCGUUUUCCAGAGCCCGGGCUCUGAGCACAAACUCUGAUCCGAAGUCGGCAUGUCGGCCAUUCCAUCCCAAGAGAGAUGGUUUUGUGAUGGGAGAAGGUGCAGCUGUGCUGGUGCUAGAAGAACACGAGCAUGCUGUUCACAGAGGGGCUCGGAUCUAUGCGGAGAUUUUGGGCUACGGACUCUCAGGUGAUGCCAGUCACAUAACCGCCCCUGAUCCUGGAGGAGAAGGUGCCUUAAGAUGUAUGGCUGCUGCCAUAAAAGAUGCAGGUGUACAGCCUGAGGAGAUAUCCUAUAUCAACGCACAUGCUACUUCUACACCGUUGGGAGACGCUGCUGAAAACAAAGCCAUCAAACAUCUUUUCAAAGAGCACGCCCACGCCCUUGCCGUUUCCUCCACCAAGGGAGCCACGGGACACCUGCUGGGGGCUGCUGGGGCCGCUGAGGCAGCUUUUACCUCCCUGGCUUGUUAUCAUCGAAAACUGCCACCUACUUUAAACCUGGACUGUACAGAACCAGAAUUUGAUCUCAAUUAUGUUCCACUCAAGGCACAGGAAUGGAAAACUGAGAAAAGAUGUAUUGGACUCACCAAUUCCUUUGGUUUUGGUGGUACAAAUGCAACACUUUGUAUUGCUGGCAUGUAGGACAAAUCAUUUGUUAUUAAAUAUUGAUUUUUUUACCUGUUAUA